AUUUAAUUCAGAGCAAUAAGACUUGAUUUCAAACGACGACAGCGGUCUUACCAAGCGAGCUCUCUUUAAAAAUGAAAAGCCUAAAAAGCCUAAGAUGGAUUAUAGCCACCUUAUUAAUUUCAUACGCAGCUGAGAUACUUGCAGCAGCAGAAGAUGAUGAAAAUGACGGUAAGAGUAUUGAUGAGAUUCUGAUGUCCGCGGCUACCAGAAAUUCAGUGGAGAUGUUAGAUCUAUUUCAUAUGAUGGAAGAAAAUAAAAUGAUGGCUAUGGUAGAAUUAGAUAUUUUAUUGAAUAUGACUGAGUUAGCAAGAUAUAAGACUAAUCCAUCCCGUAAUAAGAGAAAAGCUUUACGUUACGGUCAGUACAGAUGGCCUAAGAGUAAGGUUCCAUACGAGAUCACAGAGUCCGAGUUCACUGGACGAGACAUAGAAAUGAUUCAAGAUGCCUUUAAAGAUUGGGAGACAUACACGUGCUUGGAAUUUAAACAAGUUCAAUCAUCUGAUGCAAAUAGGUACCCUGAUAGAAUAGUGUUUAAAAAUGGUGAUGGAUGUUAUUCUAGAUUAGGUCGAGUUGGUGGACCACAACCUAUAGCUUUAGGCAGGGAAUGUCGUCGGAGAGGAAUUGUUGUGCACGAAAUUGGUCAUGCUAUUGGUUGGAUUCAUGAGCAUGCUCGUCCUGAUAGAGAUGAGUAUAUUACGAUUAACUAUGCUCAGAUUCCAUUAAACAAGCAUCCACAGUACGACAAAGUUGAUGCCGGAAUUAUAAAUGAUUUUAAUGUGGUAUAUGACUACACCAGCAUUAUUCAUUACUCUGGAAGGGCUUUUGGAGAAGGAACAAUCAUAACAAAAAAACCAACAUACCAAAACAAAAUUGGACAAAGAGACGGCUUAAGUUUUCGAGAUAUUAAAUUGGCUAAUUUGAUGUAUGGCUGUGCCGCAAUGAAUAAAUGUCCUGAAGAAAAGCAAUGUCCUGGAGAAGGAUAUGUUGGUAAACAUUGUAAAUGUUAUUGUCCUGGUAGUCCUGGUAAACCUAUAGAAGAAUGUCCAAUAACAACAACAACAACAACAACAACAACAAGACAACCCGUUAUAACAACAACAAGGCGACCCGUUAUAACAACACAACCACCAACUAGAGUAUGUAGAGAUGUUAUAACAACCUGCAGUACGUUUAAACAGGAUGGUCAGUGUCAAAGAGAUAAAGCUAGAAUGGCGUUAUACUGUAAAUUAACAUGUGAACUUUGUGAUGAGGAUUUAAAUAAAAUGUGUAUGGAUUUUGGCGAUGCUUGUCCAAUAUUUGCUUCUGCUGGAUAUUGCAGCUUGACAGGAAUUUCCGAAUUCGUAAAAGCAGAAUGUCCCAAAUCCUGUAAAUUAUGUGAACCCCAACUGGCGUGUUCCCAGUCAGAUUUCUUUAACAGUGGAAGCAUUCCAGAUUUAAAUAAACUCUUAAUUUUUUUAGUUGUCACUUUGAUUAAGUUUUAAAUUUCAAAUUCUCGUUGAGUAACAUUAUUUGUUAUAUUUAUAUAUAAUUUAUUUUUUAAAUGUAAAUAAAAAAUUUAUACGAAACGUCACAA